AUGUUACCCACGUAUCAAAGCCUUCCCGAUUACGUUGACCAAACCUUAGCGAAGCGUGCCUUCAAAGCCAACAAUUCCACCUUCAUCAAGCGUGGAACACGGCACGAGAUUCAACGCGAAGUUGAUGCCAUCUUCUUCGUCCAACGUAAUACAUCAAUACCCGUGCCUUUUGUAAUCCAAUCACACAUUGAGGAGACUGGUAGUUGGUUUUCUAUGAGUAUUGUUGCGGGGUUGACUCUUACGGAUGCCUGGGAUCGUAUGGACAAAACAGCACAAGCAACAACGCAACACGAAAUCACCCAAUAUAUUAGCGAGUUACGGGCCAUCCGUCCUCCAGAGCCAACAUAUGUUGGAUCUUGUCUUGGUGGGCCGGCGUACGACCAUCGUCUCAAUAAUGGCUUUCCCUGUGGUCCUUUCGCCUCAGAGACAGACUUCAAUAACUUCCUUAUCACUCCCGUUACGCGGUGUCCUCGUCCCGAUCUUGCUAUAAAAUAUCGCCAGCAACUCUCAGAUAAUCACAAUAUCUGUUUCAGUCACGCAGAUCUAUGUGGGGAUCAUAUUCUUGUUGAGCCAACGACCGGGAGAAUUACUGGAAUAGUAGACUGGGAAAUGGCUGGCUGGUGGCCCGCCUACUGGGAAUACAACAAAUCAUUGUUCGGGAACAGGUAUAUGCCGUGGUGGAAAGCACUUGUGGCCAAGGUUUUACGCCCAUAUCCGGACGAAUUACAGAUUGAUCGUAUUCUUCAGGUGUUUUGAUUCUGAGGAAGACAGUGCGCUCCAAUCUCCGCAACUUAUUCCGAACCUACCUGUCCUCUCGAAUCCACUACUGGAUCACAUUGUCCUGAUACUGUUUAUCAACGGUAUCCUCCGUCCGCAGCCAAUCCAAGACCUUAAGACUCCAAUCCUGGGUGUUCCAUUUCGAACAUUCAUCAUUGGUGAUAGGCGCAGCUGCUAGAAGCCGUUUGAAGUGGUCGUACUCGUUGAACGGGUCGGCUCCAGUAUCAAGCUCUCCAUUCCUGCUCCCGGACGGAUUGACGUUCACCUGCUCCUCUCUAGAAAUAUAGAAGGC